UUUUUAUUACACAUUGGCCAAUGGACUCCCUGCGGCAAUACAACUACGGAACACAAGAUAAAAAAGUACAAACGUAAUUCAUUGGUUCACUUUUCAGAAAUAAAAUAAAAUAAGAAAAGGGGACAGGUGGCAAUGGGAGAGGAGAAAUCGGGCGUACUAAAAAAUAGAAGAUGAUUUAAAAGCGGUAGUUGAAGAGGUCAUGCGGCGGGAGCGGGCCGAGCGGCAGCGACAGCGAGAAAGAGCAAUGCAAGGCGAUCGAAUACCAAAGAGAAUGGGCUCUGCCACCUUCAUCGAAGUGCUUCUCGCCAUCUUCAUUCCUCCCCUCGGCGUCUUCCUUCGCUACGGCAUUGGGAUAGAGUUUUGGAUUGAUUUGGUGCUCACACUUUUCGGAUACCUUCCUGGAAUUAUUUACGCCGUUUAUGUAUUGGUUGGAACGCGAUGACCCUCUCUCUUUUUUUCUUUUUUUCUUUUUAUUUUUUCUUUUUCUUUUUUUUUUUCGAGAAUUUAAUUUAUUAUUGUUAUUUUGAUUUAUGUUAUUUUCCUAUUCUCGAGCCUGCAAACACUGCUACUGCCAUGGCGUAUCUUGAUGGAAUCCAC